AAUUUUCCUUAAUGUUAUCAAUUACUCCGUAUAUCUUCUUACUUAGUGCUUUGAAAAAUUAACUUUUAAAGCUGCACUUCUCUCUCACCUCCAUUGAAGUAAACUACAAUUCCUCUACUGGCGGUUACUGAGUUUUAUCUCCAUUAUCGAAGCAGCUUCUGAACUUGACAAUGGGAACAUAUCUUAGUAAACCUAAAACUGAGAAGGUGUCUGAAGAUGGUGAAAAUCAUAGAGUCAAAUAUGGGUUGUCAUCCAUGCAAGGGUGGCGUUCAUCUAUGGAAGAUGCGCAUGCAGCUCUUCCAGAUUUGGACAGUUCUACAUCUUUCUUUGCUGUAUAUGAUGGCCAUGGAGGGAAAGCAGUUGCUAAGUUUUGUGCAAAGCUUCUUCACAAGGAGUUACUUAAUGAUGAAGCGUACAUGGAAGGUGAUUUGGAAAUAGCACUCCGUAGAGCUUUUCUCAGAAUGGAUGAAAUGAUGCGUACAAACAAAAAAUGGAGAGAAUUAAUUUGGGAGGAUAGAGAAAAAAAUGAUGGGAUUGAUGAUGAAUUGUUUCUCAUGAGUGGUGAAAAUGAGGCUGAAACUGAUGCGGUAUCAAAUGAGGAGUCUGAUUCUGAUUUGGAGGAACCAACAUCUGGUUGCACGGCAUGUGCUUUAAUAAUCCAAGAUGACAAGUUAGUCGUUGCUAAUGCUGGUGACUCUCGUUGUGUGAUGUCUAAGUGUGGUCAAGCUUAUGAAUUAUCCAAGGAUCACAAACCUGAACUUGAGGCUGAGCAAGAUAGGAUCCUGAAAGCUGGUGGUUUUAUCCAUGGUGGACGGAUAAAUGGAUCCUUAAACUUGACAAGAGCCAUUGGAGACAUGGAAUUCAAGCGUAACAAUGUAUUGCCAGCUGAAGAGCAAAUAGUUACUGCAAAUCCUGACGUAAACACUGUUGAUCUUUCAGAAGAUAUAGAGUUCAUUGUGAUCGCAUGUGAUGGAAUUUGGUAUGCCUUUUGCUUGAUCUAUUGCGGGACUGCAUGUCAAGCCAAGAAGUAGUAGACUUUGUACAUCAACAAUUGAAAUCGCAAACUAAACUUUCUGUCAUAAGUGAACGGCUAUUGGACAAAUGCUUGGCGCCUUCUGUUGGUGGUGAAGGUUGUGAUAAUAUGACCAUUAUUUUGGUUCAGUUGAAGAAAUCUGCAACCUCCAGUUCCGGUGUUGAUACUGAACAUCCUUUUUCUGAUAAGUUACAUGUAAAAAGUUGAAAAUUUUCUUUUCAUAAAAUGAUACACCAGAUUUUCUUUUCCAUUGACUAUGUACUCUGUACAUAGAAGUAUAGUGUAUGCUUUUUUGUUCAUGUUUUUGAUGUCAAACAAAUUGUGGAAGGGUUGCUAAUUGAAGAUGUAGUGUAAGCAGAAAUACCGUUUACAUCUCAGGUGAAUUCACUUAGUUGAAAUAGUUUAUACUACAUACAAUGUUACUAUCACACUGUACUUCCAACUACGUGUAUUUGUUCAAUUUA